UUAUUAUUUGUAUUCCAAAUGUGAAAGAUGUGGACUAUUUCCUUUAACAGAGUGUUUGUCAGCUUUAUUCUGCUUGUAUUUUCAUCACAGCUUUAUAUAUCACGUGCAGAGGAUAGAUGUGAAUUAGAUCCAAAUCGUUGUCCACCAUUCAACUGUGAAUCCGAAUGCUGUGAUGGUUUUACUCUGGAGAGUGACGAGGACGAUGUUUGUAUACCCAAAAACUACACAAAACCAAUGUUUCACGACUGUCCAUGGAAAGGAAAAAUUAUAAAGCGUUACGUUAGUCCUUCUAUCAACAUGAUAUUUCUGUACAAACCAUUUCAUGUUACUGAUUGGAAAGGAAAUAAACUUCAAACAACAUUGUCAAAAAAUGUUUUUAGUCGAUGCAAGUGUUCAGGGCCUCAGGAGGAGGAGGUUGAAGCAAAAGCUAUAGAUGAGUUCGGAAACGAAGCUGAAUGCCUGUUUACUGUGUCAAUUAUUGAUAAUAUUCCACCCGCUAUAAGAUAUUGUCCUCCUAAACGUCAAACCGUGAAUGAAAAGGACAACAUUGUGUGGACAGCUCCAACAAUACGAGACAAUGUAGGAGUGGAAACAUUAUUUACACCGGACCGGUAUAACAAUACAAAGUUUCUACCCGGUCUAUACACACUGAUCUAUAAUGCCACUGAUUAUUCCGGUAACUCAGCAGUCUGCAGGUUCCAAGUAUCUGUUUACAGUUCAGAUUAUUAUGUAAAGUAUACAAAGAAUACCGAUCCAUCCAUGGUUAUAAGUAGUGCGAUUGUAGGAGUAUUAUUUAUAAUAUUGAUAGCGAUGGCCCUAGCAAUGUAUCGUCUUCGUGUAAAACGUCGCCAGCUAAACAGUACAGACGGGCAAUCUAAUAAUCGAGUACGAAGGUCGGCUUCUACACAAAGAGAAUCACAUGACAAUCCUGUUUUUACAAUUUACAACAAUGAUCCUCCACCAUAUGACAUUGCUACUCAUGAUAAGCUACCAGACUACACCCCACCUACAUUUCCACCGUCGUAUGAAGAAGUUCAAAGUUCAAUGCUGAUCAGUGCUUGUGAAGAUAAUAUUGUAUAUUCGUUAACAGAAUGUUCUGCGGAGGAACCGGAUGAGGAAUCUUCUGAAUCGCUGAUGAUUGUAGAUUCUUCACAUGGAAAACCAAAAUUUCUCGAUUGUCCAAGAGAAGGCCAUAAGGUGAAUAUUUACAUAAAGCCUUCAAUCAACCAUGCGGAACUGUACCUCCCACUUACGGUUGUUGAUUGGAGAGGAGAUCAGCUAGAAACAACUGUGUCAAAAUCUAACUUUAGUCGAUGCAAGUGUUCAGGGCAUCAGGAGGAAAUUGUUCACGUGACAGCGGUGGAUGAGUUUGGAAAUGAGGCUGAAUGCCGGUUCACAGUUUCAAUCAUUGAUGUUUCUCCGCCUGUUUUUAUUUAUUGCCCUGAACACCAAACAAGGAAUGAAAAUGACAACAUUGUGUGGAAGACUGCAAAAAUACGGGACAAUGUUGGUAUAAAAUCCUUAUCCACACCAGACCGCUAUUACAAUACAAAGUUUCCACCUGGACUGUAUACACUGGUCUAUAAUGCUACUGAUUAUUCCGGUAACUCAGCCACCUGCAGGUUCGAGGUCGAUGUUUACAGUACAACUUAUUCCCAAAAAUAUGAAAAGAAAACUGACCCAUCGAUUGUUAUAAGUAGUGCUAUAGUAGGAGCAUUAUUUAUCAUACUGAUAAUGAUGGCGCUUGGAAUCUACCGUCUGUAUAAAAAGCGCCGUCAGCUUAACAGUCAACAACGCCAUCAGCUUUACAAUACAGGGUGUCGUCAGCUUGACAGUUCAGGGCAACAUCAGCUUGACAGCUCAGGGCAAAAUCAGCUAGACAGCUCAGGGCAACAUCAGCUUAACAGCUCAGGGCAACAUCAGCUUAACGAUUCAGAGCGUAAUCAGAUUAACAGCUCAAGGCACAAUCAGCCUAACAAUUCAGAGAGUCGCCAGGAUAGCAGUACUUGUCGUCUUUCUAUUUUGCGAGACCCAGAUAUGAAUACCAGUCAAAGGGAGACGCAUGACAAUCCCGUUUUUACAUUAUACAACGAUGAUCCGCCGCCAUAUGAAAUAGCUGCUUUUGACAAGCUACCAGACUACAGCCCAGCUACAUUACCGCCGUCAUAUGAGGCAGUUCAAAGUUUAACUGAGUUCACUGAUAAUGCGAUUACAGAAAUUUCUCAAUUAGAACCUUCUCCAAGAGCUUCUAUAACGCAGACAAAUGUAGAUUAUUCAAGGGAAUGCAAUGCUGAUGUACCUGUACAUACUGUUUCCGACGAUGCUCAGGGUAACACGUCAGUGCAACAAUUCCUAGAAAGAGAUCUACACCUGACAGCACAUGCGAACAUGCAGUCAGAUCAUGUGCAUUUUCAAAUAAACUCGAAUAGCAUACAAACAGAUGUCUGACCGUUCUAAACGUGUUACAAUUAAGUAGCUUUAAGAACUAUGUUCUAACAUCGGUAAAUUGUUGUGGUCUAAAUUAAUGUCAUUAAAUGUUAGGAGAAAAUAGUGAAAUAACUUCCAAAUCUAUCAAAAAGUAAAAAUUCUCAUUUAAAAAACCAGAUUCACAUCAAUUUCUUUGAUCGUCACCAAGUACGUCCAAGCCUCAUCAUUGAAAGACAGGGACAUGUUUGAAAGAAGUAUCAUCGAUUAAAAAAUGCCUUGAUUUUGCAUUUUAA